AUGGCUCGUGUUGAAGGAUCAUCUGGGUAAGCCUCAAACCUACAGCCAUAUCUUUCUAAGAAGAAGUAUAUCAAAAUGCUGCUAGACAAAUAAAACAUUCAAAAUAAACUAUUAAAUGAGCAGAAGAAUAAAUCUAGGCGAGUUAAUAUUGGUUCUGCUUCGGUAGGUCAGGAUAGUAUGAUCUUCAAUAUAUCUCAACAAAAUAGUGCUCACAAGCCCCCAUUACCUUAAAUAAGAGAACAAAAACUUCAAUCUAUUUCAAUUAAUACUAGUUCAAGUAGUAAAACCAUUUAACCCUCAUAGCAUAAGAAAAAUAAACUCUCCAAUAAUCUCAUUUAGAGGAUACUUGAUAAAAAGGAAACAUCUACAUCUAGUCCCGAUAUAUUCAACAAUUCUAAAAUAAAAGUAAAAUUCAACUUCUCUAAGGAGCUCUCUGGUAUCCUUACUGCAAACAAUUCGCAAACUCCAACAGUCCUAUCAAAGAAAGUUAUUAAACUCAUAAAAGCAAAUAGUGAUGGUAGAUCACCAGUUAAUUCUUCAAGUCGAGCUAUAAAUUUUGGAUCAAUUAUUUAGAAAGAACCCACUACUUCUAUGAGAAUAUAAAAAGAAAUUGCUUAACCAAACUAUCACUAGGACAUUGAUCGAUUUAUAUAAACCUAUGAUGAUCGUUUGAAAAAGGAAUAUGCUAGCUUUGUUGAAACAUUUGAUUUAUCAGGGGAUAAAAAUAUGGGAUUCGGAUAUUCUUUCCAGAAUCCAACUACAAGCAAUUAGAUCAUAGUAUAGGAUGAUGAGAAUGAAAUUGGAAUGUUUGAUAGAAUUUCCUAACAAGAUGACAACUUCCAUGAAGUGGAAAAUGAAGAAGAUGAAGAUAUAAUGCCGAUCUUUCUCAAACUAGAAAAGAUGUAGUAACAGAAUAACCAAAGGAAUUCUCCUCUCAAGCAGACUAUCAAAAACUACUCUCAUCAAAGAGUAAACACAUCAACAAGCCUUAGGAUUGAUGAUUAGUCGUUUAUAAGAAGUAAUACUAGAAUCCUAAGAGCCAAUCUGGAUAGGUAAGGGAGUCCAAUCUAAGAGGAUGGUAAGUCAUUUAUUGAUUAAAGUGAUGGUGAUAUUAAAAGAACACUAAAAUCAAUUAAUUUUGAAAAUGUUGAGUCAUAAAUAUCAAAGCGAUAAACUAUAUCCAAUAAUCACAUUUCAGAUGAUGAGGGCCAUUACACUGAAGAGGAAAAAGAUUUAGUGUUUGAAGAUGAUAACAUGUUUGCGAGUUCAGCCUAUGGGGGUAGCUCAUAUUAUCGUCCAAGCAGUGUUUAUACAAGAACUUUAUCUCCAGAUAACAAACAACUACAAUAAAAUCUCAAUUUGGUAAAAUAAACUAGCAUUCUGACUAAUAAUAAUUUCAAAAUGAAACCAUAAUUUGUAAAAAGUUACACGAACAAGGUGAAACUUAAUAACAGGAUGUUUUAAGCAAUGGAGACCUCUUCAGCUAUAUCAAUCGAUUAGUAGAAUAUGGAAUCUGCUGUAGAUGAUCAAUCUGUUAAGGAUCGUAGCAUUUCAUCUCUUUUUCCUGCCAUUAACUAGAAGUCCCCGAGCAUUAUCGAGCGAAUUAAAUAAAACAACAUAAUGAGAAAAUUUUCAGAUGGGAUAUCAUCCAAUAGGCAGAUUAAUAUACAGUAAUUACUGAAGCGUAAAUAAGAUUCUAUAUCUUUAAAUAAUAAUAGCAAUAUGCAGUGA